AUGGACAGCGAAGAAAUUUUUCAUACCUUUGCUAUUGUAAUCUUUAUUGUUCUUGGUUUAAUUAAAACAAUAUUUUCAUUGACAAUUGUUAUUAUUAUUAGUUCCAAUUGGAAUAGAAAAUGUCGAUCAAUUCUUAAUCUUCAUGUAUGUAAUUCAUGUAUUAGUAGUCUCUUUUAUGUCUUUGCUGUAUCCACACAAAUUCCUCUUCUAUUUGAAAUCACUUAUCAAGAAAAUCAUUAUAUUUCAUUAGUAUUUUGUGAAAUUCGUGGUUUCAUUUUUCUCACGGCUUGCGCUAUUAAAUCCUAUUCAUAUUUAGUUCAAACAAUUUCUCGUUAUUUUAUAACAGUUCAUCAUAAACGAGUAAUUCUUCUUACAUUUCGUUUCAAUCUAACCAUGAUUUUUAUUAGUUGGAUAGCAGCUUUGCUUGUUACAAGCAUUUCAUUUCGAACACCAUUUGCUUAUCGAUAUGAACCCGAUUCUCAUUUAUGUGUUAUUACAAGUAAAAUUUUUUCAAUAUCUUUUUAUCCAACAAUUUUUAUAUUCUUAAUUCCAAUGAUUAUAAUUAUUUGGCUCUAUGGUUCUGUUCUAUGGCAUACAACACAUUCUAAUCGUAUUCAUCCAAUGAAUAUUUCUAUGAUUAGAACUAAAAGACAUAUAAAAGUAUUUCGAAAUAUUCUUAUUAAUUUAACUGUAUUAAUUAUUGGUGCAGCACCGUAUUUUAUCUCGAUUAUAAUUAAUAGUGUAACUGCAAUUCCACAAAUAUUUCAUUUAAUUUCGACUAUAUUUAUUUCGAUGUCUAAUACAUUCGAAUUAAUAGCUAUUUUCUUUACAAAUGAAAAUGUUAAAACAAUUUUUUAUAUAAAAAUUGGUUGGCAUCAUGAACCAAGUAAUAACAUACCGAUGCGAAGAAACAGAGGACAGUGUACUACAAUAAUCUAA